AUGUCGGCGCGUUUCUCGAUGGUUUAUCCAAUGCGUGCCAAGCCCGAAGUCUUACAGCACUUCAUCAGCUUUCGGACCUACAUCGAGGCAUCGUCAGGCACAUGUGUUAAUAUUUUACGAAGUGACAACGGCGGCGAGUAUACCAGCAAUGAUUUGCAAAUGUACUGUGAGAAAACUGGAGUAGCACAGCAGCUCACGGUUCCGUACAACCCGAAGCAAAAUGGAAUGAGUGAGCGCCUCAACCGCACUUUGGUCGAGAUGGCGCGCUGCAUGCUAAAAGAAAGUGGACUUGGAAAACAAUACUGGGUUGAAGAGGUGGUGACUGCUGCAGAUGUUCGCAAUACUAUCCUAUCAGCUGGUCAGAUCAAAUCCCCCUAUGAACAGCUGUACAAGCGACGGCCUCAGUACGAGCGGAUGCGAAUUUUUGGAUGCGUAGCGUAUGCGCUCGUGCACAAGUCGAAGCGCAGCAAGCUUGAAGACACAGCUGUGAAAUGUUUCUCUCUGGGAAUAUCUCAAAACAGAAGGGAUACCGACUGCUAA